UUGAGGCAACUUUCACUCAAUCAUUUGCCUUUAUUAUAUAUUAUUAAUAUACAUACACCCACAGACACACAUAAAUAUGUAUAUAGGGAGUCCAUAUGAUAAAGCUAAUUAGCUCUCCAACUUCUUCUUCUUCUUCUUCUUCUUCUUGUAGUGAAGUAUCAGUGCUUGAUCAUAUAGUCUGCUAGCUGUUAUAUAAGCAAACAGUUUUUGGUUUAUAAGUAUACAUAUAAAGGGGGGUGUGUUUGUGUGUGUAUAUAUACAUAUAUAUAUAUAGAGAGAGAGAGAGAGAUUAAGGAGAAGAGAUGGUGAUGAGAAACUUGUUGGGUGUUUUUGUAGUUUUGGUGAUAGGGAGUGGGUUUAGAUUUGGUGCAGAAGCGUUAAACAUGAAUUACUACAUCAUGACUUGUCCAUUUGCAGAAGCCAUUGUCAGGAACACUGUAAACAGAGCUUUGCAGGCUGAUCCUACUUUGGCUGCUUCGCUUAUUCGAAUGCACUUCCAUGACUGCUUCAUUCAGGUUUCUCUCUCUCCCUCUAUCAACAAUGCUAAAGAACAGCUUGAAGAACAGUGUCCUGGCGUUGUUUCAUGUGCUGACAUUGUUGCCAUGGCUGCAAGAGACGCUGUCUUUUGGGCAGGAGGUCCAGUAUAUGACAUACCCAAAGGAAGGAAGGAUGGAAUGAGAUCAAGAAUUGAAGACACAAUCAAUCUGCCUUUUCCCACCUUUAAUGCCUCGGAACUUAUUAGAAGUUUUGGCUUCAGCAAUCCAACUUUCCACGUUCCUUCCUCGCUUCUUUCUCCAUCUUCUUCUUCUUCUUCUUCUUCUUCGUAUUCGUAUUCGUAUUCGUAUCAUUAUCUUGUGUAUCUGACAGUGAAGUGA